UAUUGCUGCAACCCAUUUGACUUCAGAGGCAGAUUUUGUAGAAUCACACACUUUUUACAUAAAAAUAUUCAUGCCUGUCUUUUAUAUAGUUUGAUUCAAGUGCACAAUUCCCCCGCUCCUGCUCUGGUAAUGAUAGUUUUCUAAUUUAUGUUAUUCCUAUAACAGAGCUGAUAGAUAACACUUUCGUCAGAAGUCGCCACUUCAAAUUCCAGUGCUUUGCUUCACUGGCUUCAAAAGCUUGACUCGACCCAUCAGCACCUCAGUUCUAGGGGUGAUACUACAAUGUACACAACUGCCUCACCCUAGUGUUGGUGUUUGGGGCGAAGAGCUGUUGCACCAUGAAACUGUAAAAUAUAUUUUAAACAACACAAGAUUCUUCUUAAGAAAAGGGCGGAACAUUACGAUCAAACAAACUGAACCUCUUUCAAGAGAGUACUGUUAAAUAAGUGAAGAGCUUGGAAGAUUGAGAGUUGCCAGAAAUGAAACCACCGGGGGAUGACAAGAGCAAUCAACUAACGAAAAGAGGUAGAGGAAGACCACGGAAGGAUCCCCAAGCUCAGCAUUCAAUAGAAACCGCUAGUACCACAAUGGACAAAAAUGGAAAUGUUGUCGGGAAAAAGGCUGUGGAGAAGUCGCCAACCAAUUUGCCAAAAGGGCAACGGGCAAAAAAGCAAACGCCAAGCGAGAAUUUCUUCAACUUAGAGCCACCAGAAAUGGAAAAAGUGAGGAAUGUUGUUGGGUCUUGGAAGUCCAAUUUCCCACUACAUGAUGCGUUCAAGGAUUCUGUGAUUUAUGUUCUUGAAAAGUUCAGCUCUCGAAAUCCUGAUGAGAGCUUUCAUUACAAGUUCUAUGGGUCUUUAGUGACUUGCUCUUACUCACCUCUCAAAUUGCCAGACUUGGAUAUGGCCUUUGUGAUGGACUUUGCCAAGGGCGAAUUCAAAGACCUUUUGAAGCUUCAAAUGGUAGAGAAUGGGUAUAUUUGUGGUUUGGCCAAUAAUGACGAUUGUGUUAAGGAGCACCAAUUGAAACUAGCAGACUUUUGGAGACAGAGGAUUCGACGUGUUAAAAGCAAAGAUGAAUGCAGUAUUUUCAAGGAAAAAGACGGAAAAUGGUACUUGAAUGCUUCUGCUUUACGAGCCAUGUUAAUGGGAUGGAAAGACAAAUUCGGCUUGAUUGAAGCCAAGAUUCCAUCCUCUGGCUGUUCACUAUCCUUUUCAUUUGAUAUCAAUCCAAGGUCACAUGGUAAACCUUCCUCCGUGGAGAAAUUCAUGAAAGAUAUGAGAUACAAAAGUCAACGAUGGGAAGUCAGGACCUUGCAAUUUAAAGAACUUGGACUCCCCUUGUGGAAACUCCACGAAGACCUUUGCAUCGACGUGGACUUGUCUAUUCUGAUUAAUGUCACCUUCUCCAGUCUACCCCAAGAAUGGCAGACUUGGACUACCCGAACCCCUUCCAAAUUUUGGCCUUCAGAAGAUGUGAUUAAAGAGCUAAAGGCCGCGCAUGUGUUGCUUUCCCCCAGGUGUUCCCCAGUGGAUGGUAAAAUGGAUCAAGAUUUCUGUCCUACAUUUGACCAAGACAUUUUGCUGAAGGACAUUCCCAAUGGGAUUUCGACCUUGAGUCUGCUCAAAUCCUUACUGAUUUCUUUCGCCGAGAAGUCCAAAGACCGACCAACUGUUAAAUCAAACACUUUGACUCAAGUUAUUCUUUGGGUUCAGGAGUGUCAUUCCGUUGGUCGCGAUAUAAUGGAGAUAUUUCAGGAUCCUAUUCCUCCAGGGACAAAUAAGAAACCUGCCACUGCCAACCUUCAGAAUGAAGUGAUGCUAUUGAAAUGUCUUUCCCUUCUCAAAGAGAGUUACAAGAACGGAAAGCGAUUGCCCAACUUCUUCAACCCAAAGAUCAAUGUCUUGGACUUUGAUGCCAAGACGGACACUUUCAGCCAAUUGGGUCGAAAACCGGUUCUAUUGAACCAAUUACAGAAAAUCCACGAAGCGAAACCUCAAUCCUGUUACGACAUCCUCACCAUUGCCAAAAUUAUAUUUCUGACAGAUGGCGAUCUUCUGCUUAAAUCAAAAGAGCCUUUGAGUGCUAAACGUCUCCAAUCAUUUGUGAAAAGACAUCAGCCCGAUUGGAUAACCAAUGAGGAAGCCAAGUUGGACAACGAAGAGUCCAGCCUACCUGAUCAAAGUCAUCAGCUUUUGAAGUUAAUCAAAGAGAUUAUUUAAACCCAUAUUAUGAUUACUAUUAUGUGUCCCCUUUUUGUUUAUUCCACCUUGAAUUUACAUACGUAUAUUGUAGUGGUCUUAGUCAAUAGAAAAUGUGAUGAGCAAAUUUCGAGACACUUUCGCA